CGGAUGGGCGAUGCCCACUGUCCGACCCCAUCUGCACGCAUUCCAUCGAGAGAGCCGUGUAGGCUGAGAACGAAUGCCAUUGACGAGAUAUUGAGCCAGAUCCUGGUCGGCAGCAUCCUGGACCGAGCACGUGGAUCGUCCACUUAGCCGGUGGCCGCCGUCAGCAGCAUGCCAGCAGCAGACGACAGCGCUGAGGCAUCCCAAACCUCGUCCGGAGACACCCGUCACAAGUGCUAUCUCUGCAGCAGAACAUACGAGAGGCACGACCACCUGCGCCGGCAUCUCAAAUCGCACGACAACGAGCGUGCUUACAAGUGCAACGAGUGCGGCAAAGGCUUCAACAGAGCCGACCUGCUGAACCGCCAUCGUGCAGCUCAUGCGAAGACCACUGCCGGGGAUGUCUUCAGGAAGCGGACGCCGCGAGCCUGCGAGGCGUGUAUCAAGGCCAAGACCAAAUGCGAAGACGAUAGACCAUGCAAGCGAUGUAGGACGCGCGAGAUCUCUUGCGUAGACACUGAUGCGAGAAGCGUCUCAGUGGACGACAGCAGUCUGAGCUCUCUAAAUCAUGCCGAGGCGAAUGCACCCGCGCAACUCACUACUCCAUCAUCAUUGACACAUGUGCUGAGCAAUGGUCCGACAUCCAAUGCCGGCGUCAACGACUUUGCGCCGUUCUCGGUCGGUCAGGAUGACUUCGUCAACGCAAUUCCGAUGAGCGACUACGGCUACCCAGAUUUCUUUGAGCAGAUCAUGAUGCCAGACCUGAACAGCAUCUCUCAAUUCCAGCCCCAAAGGCCGCCAGAUCUAUCCCAUCUGACGCAGGACCUCAAUCUGGAAGGACUCAAUUUCGAUUUCACCUUUCUCGCAAGUGGUCUAACGCGGCCAUCGACGCCACAUGGCGACAAUACUGGAAUUUUAGAAGCAGGUGCCGAUACGGCGUCUGAUGUGCGACUCAGAACGGAGGCAUUCAACAAAUCACCAUGGUCCUGGAAUCAUUGGAUCCCGGAAAGAAACCACGCCACAUUUACUGGACAAGAAGAAAUCAACGUCCGGCAAGACGGAAUCAACACCAAUGAUCAGCACGUCAGUCCGAGUAUCAAGCGCUCUGUACAUUGUGAUCUGGACCACGAAGCACGAGACCGAAUGAUACGAGUCGUCACCACAAUAGCGCAAUCUAAGCUUGCCAUGCCAUCAUUUCCCUCUCUUCAAUUAUUGGAAGAUUUGAUCGACAUCUUCCUGCUACAAGAUAGCAAUUCAAUCGAUACAUUCGUACAUGCUGCUUCCUUCUCUGCAAAGGAAACGCGAACCGAGUUACUCCUCGGCAUGGUCGCUGGCGGAGCACGCUACGUAGCGCUUCCUACCGUAUGGAAGAUGGGACUAGUUUUCCAGGAGGUUGUGCGUCUUGGAGUCGCGGAUGUCUUUGAAUCAGACAACAGCUCUACUCGCGAUCUCCAGCCCAUUCAGACCUCGCUCAUCUGGGUCAGCGUUGGAAUCUGGAGUGGUUUCCGUCGAAAGACCGAAAUAGCGAGCUCGUUCUUGCAGCCCACAGUGACCAUGCUUACUUGGGCCAAUGCUUUGACGCGAGCUCGCUAUUCAGAUAUCAGCCCAUCAAUGGAUGACAAUGACGAAGUGCUUCACCAAAAGUGGCGAUCAUGGAUACAGGAAGAAAGCUUGAAAAGGGUGGUGCUGCAUACUUUCCUGCAUGAUUCUCAAGUGGCCACAACUCAUCUCAGGAACAGAUUGGUGUCUCCCUCGCAGCUCUUGCUCCCCGUACCAAUGUCUCUCGAUCUCUGGCUUGCUCAAAACGCUCAGGUGUGGCGGAACAUCUGGCUCUCUAGAGUGCGGCCUCCUCAAAGCCAGCUUCCCUCAGUCUUGGAGCUAUUCACAAACCCAAGGAAGCUCGAUGACUUUGCUGGUCUCGUUGACAAACGCUUGUGCCUGCUGGUAACAUGCCACGCAUUCGCUCAUGACGUAUGGCAAUUCAGACAACAGUCCGUGCUCCUCAGCAAUUGGGAGGCUCAAGGAAGACGAGAUCGCUGGCUAACCCAUCAAAGCCGGCAACGAGAUAUUAUGGACGAUUUAACGACAGCCCAUACCUACUGCGAAGCGCAGGAAAAUGUUGCACCGGAGGUUUUAUUUACGAUCGAGUUUCUCAUCAUGUCAUUGCAUGUCUCAGUUGAGGACAUUCUACUCUUCGCAGGUAAAUCUGGUGAAGAGGAGGCGAGGAAAGUGUACCCUCGCGUGAAGGUCUGGACUCAAGAUUCCGAAGCCAGGACUGCUGUGUGGCACGCUGGACAAGUCUUGCGAGUUGCUCGAACGUUUGAGCAGACCAGGCUGCGAGAUUUCUAUGCCGUUGCGCUGUAUCAGGCCACCCUCACACUCUGGGUGUACGGCAUGAUCACGACGAAUACUGCAAGGAGAAGUGGCGAUAAGACGCCGACCCCCGGGCAAUUGGGAAGCAAUGCUACGCAAGGGAGCCGAGUAGUUCUUGACGAUGACAACGACAAAGCAGCCAAGUCUUUCAAGCUCAUCGGCACAGGAGUUGCUGGACUGACAAGUACGAACUAUGGGCAAGUCGAUCUCGAUCGCUGGAAUGGACGACCGAACUUCUGCCCUUUGAGUAAUUCGAAAGGUGUCAUGCUCAUAUCCAGAGAGAUCCUGAGGAGUAACUUUCCGGACAGCAGGAAUGGGUUGCCACCUCUUGUGGAGAAUCUAGUAAACUUGAUCAAUGAGCUUGGAAAUCUAUCUGGAAAAUGA